CACGACCAGCAUUUUAAUAUUUUAUAUGAAGAAAAAUGGGGUGAAUAUAAAAAUUGCAUUCCAAAGGGUCCAGUCCGUCCAGUCUUCAUCGUCUUGCGUUUGACCCAUUUGCCGUCCGAAUCCCAACCAAACACCUCUCUCUCUCUCUCUCUCUCUCACUCUCUCUCGCAGGUCUUUCUUUAAUAUGUAAAGCAAAAUUGUGACUCGCAGCUGUUGUCUCCUCCCUGCUUGUCCCUUUUGUCCUGGCUCAAUUUUUUCUUCUCUCUUUGGGGGGAGCCAAGCCAAACCAAAGAGGAGAGCGUCUGAUUGGCCACCGGGUGCGAGCGAGAGUGAGAGAGCGAGUGAUGAAGAGACAGAGGAAUGGGGAAAUCUGGGAUUUCGAGCACGAAAUGCCGGCCAAUCAGACCGCGACAGAGGUAGUGUUGGGAGUGGACGGUGGCACCACCUCGACUGUGUGCAUAUGCAUGCCCCUCAUUCCCUUCUCUCACUCUCUCCCCCCCGACCCUGUUCCUGUUCUUGCUCGCGCCGUCGCCGGCUGCUCCAACCACAACAGUGUCGGCGAAACUGCAGCGAGGGAAACUUUGGAGCAAGUUAUGGCAGAUGCACUUUCAAAGUCAGGUUCAAAUCGAUCUGCAGUUCGAGCCAUUUGUCUAGCUGUAUCUGGUGUUAACCAUCCCUUGGAUCAGCAAAGAAUUUUAGCUUGGCUUAGGGAUAUAUUCCCCAGCCAUGUACGACUUUACAUUCAGAAUGAUGCUAUAGCAGCUCUAGCAAGUGGAACUAUGGGAAAGCUUCAUGGAUGUGUUUUAAUUGCUGGCACAGGGACCAUUGCUUAUGGAUUCACCGAAGAGGGCAAGGAAGCUCGGGCUGCUGGUGCAGGACCCACCUUAGGUGAUUGGGGAAGUGGAUACGGAAUAGCUGCGCAGGCAUUAACCGCGAUUAUAAGGUCUCAUGAUGGUCGUGGUCCACAUACAAUGCUUACAAGUAGUAUCCUACAGACACUUGGCCUUUCUUCAGCGGAUGAACUCAUUGGGUGGACCUAUGCAGAUCCAUCAUGGGCUCGCAUUGCAGCACUUGUUCCAGUUGUUGUAUCUUGUGCAGAGGCAGGUGAUGAAGUUGCAAAUAAGAUAUUGGUAGAUUCAGUCCAAGAGUUGGCUUCAAGUGUGAAAGCUGUUGUUCAAAGACUUGGCUUGUGUGGGAAAGAUGGGACAGAUUCUUUUCCUCUCGUAAUGGUUGGUGGCGUUCUUGAAGCAAAAAAGAGGUGGGAUAUAGGAAAGGAAGUCAUAAACUACGUCUCCAAGGACUAUCCUGGGGUGCAAUCAAUUAGGCCCAAGGUGGAGCCUGCAGUUGGGGCAGCACUUCUAGCUUGGAGUUUCUUGAUGAAAGAAUCUUAUAACGAAAAUUAUAGAAGCUAACCAUUGAUGAUUGGGAACAGCUCGUUACUUGUACAGUUGCCAAACAAGAGUUGGAAGGGUAGUUAGCAUCGUCAAAAUAAGAAAUCAAUACAUACUAGCCUUGUGCUGGUUGGUUUUUUUUUUUUUUUUUUUUUUUUAAAUCGUCUUUGUUGUUAAUUUCAGGUGUGUUAUACAAAAUAAUUGGAAUUAUGAUAGAAGCCCAGUGUGUGCUUUGUUUUGUUGCCCCUAGUUUUCCUUUUGUUUUUGGUAAGAUCUAUCGUAAUUGUUGCAGAGUAAUGUUAUUUAGUAGACUACUAUAUAACUGUCGUACAAUUUGAAUGACGCGACAGUAAAAAUUA